GGUUCAGACAGCAGCUCAAGACAGUACAAUACAAAAGAAAUUGCAGUCAAGAGUAACAAAUGUCAUGGAGACCAUCAGAGGUUAAACACCGACUGGUCUGUCGGUUCACGACUUGAUGGAAGUAUGGACGGCUCAGCAAAUAGCUUUGGAGAGAUUGGAUUGAGAGAUGGAUCGCAUAUUUCAGAUAUCUCCAUCAAGAAACUCAGAAGUGAUAUUGUUGCUUUGGCAAGACAAGUUGAAAUGUCAGAGAUAGAACUGAAAACUCUUCGAAAGCAAGUGAAGAAGGAGAACAGGCACGAAAAAGAUGUUUUCAUGGAAUUAAAUAGCCUAAAAGAGGAGAGAGAUGCGCUUCGAAGAGAAUGUGAAGAAUUUAAGGCUUUGUUGAAAAGAAUUGACACUGAAGCUGUUUCAACUAAGUCAUGGUUUGACGGUGAAGAACUAUGGUCGGUACUGGAAAAAACCAAGAAAGAGCUAAAUCAUGAAAAGAAUCUAAAUGCAAACCUUCGCUUACAACUACAAAAGACACAGGAUUCAAAAUCAAAGCUCAUUCUUGCAGUGCGAUAUCUAGAAGAACUGUUGGAGCAGGAAAAGAGGGGCAUGACUGGUAUUAGCAGCAGCAUAGUACCUACAAAACCAGAAAUAAAUGAUGAUUCAUCAGAAACAAAAUAUGGAACUGAGUCCUCCCAAGAACAAAUUUAUGAAUAUAAAAAUAACUGCUUUCCAAUGGUUCCAGAAAAAGACAAUGAACAAUAUAAAUUGGAGGUACUAAUUAGAGAGAAUGAUGAUGUCAGGGAAGCAUAUACACUGGAGCAGAAGAUCAUAGAUCUGAAGAGCGAACUAGAGUUCUACAAAAAGGAUCAUGAAGACCUUGAAAUGCAUAUGGAACAGCUUGCUUUAGACUAUGAGAUUCUGAAACAAGAACACCACCAUGUGUCUUCAAAGCUAAAGCAAAGCCAACUGCAAGAACAGCUAGGGGCACAAUAUGAGUGCUCAGCACAUCAAUCCAUUAUCAAGGACCUAGAAGACCUUGUCAAAAAAUUGGAAAAAGAACUUGAAGAACAGGCUGAAGCAUUUGAAGCUGAUUUGGCAACUAUUAUGCAUGCGAAAGUUGAGCAAGAACAGAGGGCCAUACAAGCAGAGGAGGCACUAAGGAAGACAAGAUGGAGAAAUGCUAAUACCGCCGAUCGACUUUAUGAGGAAAUCAAAAGGCUCUCUGGACAAAUGUCAUUUUCAUUUUACAUGAACGAGAAGUUAUUCACGCAAGAACCAACAAAAACUAGUGAACUGCAUUUGCAGAAAUGUUAUCUGGAAGAACCACAGAAAAGAACAAGUGAAGAAGAUGCAACAGUGCAUGAUCAGUGCAAUGUUCAAAAGUUAAACCUAAUAGAUCCUAAAACAAAAGAAAAAGAGCCGAACCUGGAACUCAAAAAAAAGGUUGAGGAGCACAAAGGUCAAGCAAGUCAAGAGGACUUCUCAGAAGAAAAGCUGGGACUCAAACCUGAGAUGAAAAGGCUCUUACAGGACAAUGUUUAUCUUUCUGAAAAGAUAGAAGAAAAAGAAACUUCAGCAGCUGAGUCAAAGAUAUUGGCCAAAGAAGUUGACAUGUUGUCACAAGGCAGCUAUUUGGAAAAAGAUAUGCUGGAUGGAAAACUUGUUUCUGUGGGGGAAGAAGCAGAGAAAUCAAUAGAGGAGCUAAAUGAACUGGGGGAUUUAAAAGAUGAAAAUGAUUCAAUGGUCAGAAUUCUAACUUCUGAGGUCACAACAUUUCAGUAUAAUAACUUGGAACAUUCCCUACUUGAGGAUGAACCAGAAAAGAAAAAGCUGAGGAAUCAGCUUUUCCAACUAAGUGGUGACCUUCUGAGGACAGAAGAAAAGAUCGCCUGUAUUCAGGAAAAGCUGAAGGAAAAUGCAAGAUUUACAACCAUAGAAGGAACUACAGAAGCAAUCACAAUAAACAAGCACGACAUAUCAGACCUGGCACCUCGUGGCUCCCAGGAAGUUAAUAGUUUGCAUGAGAAAGUCAAAUGUCCGGAGCUUCUUCCAAUGCCCUCGUUUACUUCCAGGAGAGUGGAUGGAAUCCUCUCGUCGUCAAAAGACAAGGGUCUUUUAUCACUUCUCUACUCACGUUACCGAACUGCACCAUAAGGAUGGCCCAGAGAAUGAAAAAGAACACCUGACUUCUACUUAAUCCAGUCAAGGCAAUGUUGCUGAUUCACGAGUAAAAUGGCGGUUCUGAAGUUCAGCUGAGAGAGAUGAAAGAAAGAUAUUUGGAGAUAAGCCUUAAAUUUUCAGAAAUUGAAGGUGAAAAGCAACAGUUCAUGCUGGCAAAUGGCAUUCUUACAUAAUGGUGUAAAUAUUUAGUUAUGUUUAUAUUAAUAAAAUAGAAACUGGAUUUUUUUGUGUAGGUGAAUGUUAUGUUCUUGACAAGUAUGUAGAACUUCCAGACAAACAUACUACAGUGAGAUAUUAGGUGUUAUAUCUUAAUAGGAUUUUUUGAGAAAAAUGUAUAAUAUACAGUAAGAUAUU